AUGCAAUCAACAGAGAAUGAGAGUAGAAAAGUUCCUGGGGUAAAACUGAUUACUCCAGAAGACCGUAUUUCAUCAAGCAUAGAAUGUUUCAACGCUAUCGGAAAUGCAUUGGAAUCGUUCUUUCCGUUAUUAACAAUAGCAACAACAGUAAUUUCGGAGAUUUAUAAGGUUUAUGAUAAUGCAAAAUACAAUUUGAAUAUUUGCGAUUCAUUAAUGGAUCGUGUUAAUGCUGCAGAAGUUGUAAUUAAAACUUUAGAAAGACGAAGAGCCAUGAACGAAGAAAAUUUUAAGAAUCUUGAAUAUUAUAAAUCUUUUAUACGUUUUAUUGAUAUUUCAGGAAAAAUAAAAUUAUUUAUUAGAGAAGUAUCCACCCUUCAAG